AUGGCGGACCCCACAGCACUAGCAGCAGAAGUCGCCCGUCUCCAGAAAGAAAACGACGAGCUCAGGCGUCAACUUGGUGCCGCCGCAACUCCGCCAACACAUUCACAGCCGUCAGCGCACACCCCUCCCAACCUUCCGCCACAUCCGCAACGAGACCGGCUGAACAAUGCCGAAAUUGCCCGGUUUAGUCGGCAGCUGCUUAUGCCGGAGAUUGGGGUGAAGGGACAACUCGGUAUUCGCAAUGCUUCUGUACUAGUGGUAGGCGCGGGUGGUCUCGGGGCGCCUGCGGCGAUGUAUCUGGCGGCUGCGGGGAUAGGGCGACUGGGGAUAGUAGAUUACGACGACGUGGAAGCGAGUAAUCUGCAGCGCCAGAUCAUACAUGAUGAGACGAAGGUUGGGGUGCUGAAGGCGGAGAGCGCGAGGGAGACCAUCCAGAGGCUGUCUUCUCUAUGCGAUUGCGUGCCAUACAACGUGCUGCUGGAAAGCUCCAACGCACUGGAUAUCAUCAAACCCUACGACUACGUCCUGGACGCAACGGACAACGUGGCGACACGAUAUCUUCUCAAUGAUGCCUGCGUCCUGCUCGGCAAACCGCUCAUAUCAGGCAGCGCCUUGAAGAUGGACGGCCAGCUGACGGUGUAUAACCUCGAUGGCGGGCCGUGCUAUCGUUGCUUGUUUCCGAAACCGCCGCCGGCUGAGACGGUCACUAAUUGUAGUGAUGGCGGCGUCUUGGGUGUAGUACCGGGAAUAAUCGGUUGUUUGCAAGCGCUUGAAGUGAUCAAGAUCGCUAGCGGGAUAGGAGCAACAUACUCUCAAAGGCUCCUCAUCCUCGACGCCGUCCUCGGCACCUUUCGCACCAUCCGCCUGCGUGGAAGGUCGCCCACUUGCGCUGCUUGCGGCGAGAACCCGAGCAUAACGGAGCUGAUAGACUACGUCCAGUUCUGCGGGGCUGGCCCGCAUGAUAAGGCGCCAAACCAUCAGAUCAUCGCUGCAGCAGAACGUGUAUCCUGCCAGGCCUACGCAUCGGUGAUGCAACAGGCGACGCCGCACGUGUUACUGGACACGCGGCCGCCUGGCGAGUUUGAAAUUUGCGCAUUGCCAAAUUCGAUGAAUAUACCUUUCACAGACCUCGCGAAACGCAUACCAGAUAUUCAGCAGGCAGCAAACAGGCCAGAGAACGCGGCAUUCGCCCUUCCUAUCUACAUAAUCUGCCGCCGCGGCAACGACUCGCAACUCGCCGUGCAGAAGCUCAAACAGGAAGGGUUUCAGGAUGUCAAGGAUAUCGUUGGCGGGUUAACUGCGUGGACGAGGGAGGUUGAUGGGGCCUUUCCUGUUUAUUAGGGUUUACUGGAAGUGGGUCCGAGAUAGAAUAUUAGGAUAGGUAGGAUAGGGCAUUAGGGUGUCUUGAAAGGGAUAGAGGCCCGGGUGAGAGAUGGGGGUUGGGGCUCUUUAUGCAUAUGAUGCUUAACUACAUAUACAGACUACGGUCCGCCGAGACGUUGCCUUUUACUGCCGUUGAUUCGCGAA